AUGGGCAAUGCAAUAUCACCUUGCUUGCAUUACAACUCGAGCUCAAAGUCACAGUCCGUGAAGCUAAUCUUAUGGGAAGGAACCACAAAGAUGCUAACCCGAAACCGGCCCCGCAUAGCUGGGGAGAUCAUGUUCGAGUGUCCCGACAAGAUGGUCUUGCAUGCAGACUCGUUCUUCCUCGGCCGCCCGAUCCCUUUGCUCGCCAUGGACGACGAGCUCAUCCCUGGACAAACCUACUUUGUCCUUCCCAUCGACUUUUUCUCUGGCAACACCCUAUCUUCUUCCACCAUUGCAUCCCUCUGCUCAGACCUUAGAAAACAGUCUGCCCUGAGCUUCAUCGAUAGCAAUGGUCCUUUCCAGUACCUGAAAGGUGAAGACGGGAAGCUCUCGAUUAAGGUCGUCCCAGAGUUCAUUACGAGGUUGAUCGUCGCUAAGAAUAAUAAAGACAAUGUCGCACACGGUAAUGUUAAUGUGGCCGAGAGUGGAGGUUCUCUUUGUAGCACACCAGAGUUGCAAAAGCAUUACGAUCGGUUGGUAGGGUCUAAAGUGCAAGUUUGGUCGCCAAACUUGGAGACGAUACCGGAGUACAAAACUAGGGUUUUGCCUUGCAAACUUAUAGGGUUGCAGUGGAAGAAGAAAGAAAGGGAAUAA